UAGCAAGUGCCAGUUUAGUUUUACCCUUCGAACGAGUUCGACGACGUUGCGACGGUGUUGGAUUUAAGAGACCCAAAGCCAAAAACCAGGACAUAAUAAGUGCAAAUAUUCUCUUGUUUCGAAAUUUUUCGUUUGAAGUGAAAAGAAAAAUCGUUUUGAAAAUGUACAAGUUCUUGCAAUACGCAGCAAUCGUGAGCUUAAUCUGCCUUUUCGGCAGCAACGGCGUUGAGGCGCAAAAAUUGACCUGUCAGAAUGCGAGCAGUUUAACGAAUCUUGAUAGCACUUUUGAAGGCCAGUGGUACGAGGCCAUCCGCAGCCCAGCAAGCGAGUGGAGUUGUGUUGGUCUCGAUAUUUACUCAAACACUUCGGGCAUAUAUCUCAACCUAACCACACCACAGACAACGGCCGCGCUGAAUUUAAAUCAAACCUCAACCUAUCUACUCAAACCAGUCAAUGGAACCAACUCAAGCAGCGCAGUGAAUGUCACCUCACCCGCUGACGGUUACACUUACGCAACAAGCAGUAGCGUAAAUGUGACAAUCAAAGUACUUCUGGCGAAUAGUUCCAGUUAUGCGGUGCUCUGUGGCUAUAGCUCGAACUCAAACAGCUCUUUUGGCCUUGUAAUGACGCGCCAGCGUUCGGUGGCAAACGCCACAUUGACAUCGUAUGUUGGACUAGUCAACAGCACUUAUGCUGAUUUCGACAAUUUGACCACUGUGGAUCAGGGAACAGCCUGCUAUCAGAGCUCAGCCGCCACUCACGCCUCGGCCUUAUCGCUGGUUUUCGCAGUUAUAUAUGCCGUCACUAAGUUCAUUAAAUAAGUGCGAAGCCUAUUAAUACAAAUAUACAUGUACAUAUGUUGAUUUAAUUUUUUAGAUUAUUAAAUUUCAUUACACAAUUUAAAUUAUAUACAUACGAACUUAUGUUAUUGCUGCUACACACAACUGUGCAUAUAUGAAUAACGGUACUUAAAAUUGGCUUAAAAGAACAAAUACAACAACAAUAGAAAUAAUUCAAGUGGCGAAAAUCCA